AUGCGUUGCACGAACUGUGGCUCCUUGGCCAUUGAUUUCGCCGACUCCCAGGCAGUAUGUAGUGCUUGUGGUGUCGUGCUGGAAGAGUCCCAAAUUGUCAGCGAUAUCACAUUCGCGGAAAAUACGGCGGGUGGCGCUGUGGUGCAAGGCAGCUAUCUGGGUGCCGACCAAGUGCGUGCUCGUACGUCUGGCCCAGGCUUCCGUGGCAGCUCCGCAGGUGAAUCACGCGAAUGCACCAUUGCAAAUGCCCGGUGGAACAUCAAUCGCAUGGCUACAGCGCGUGGGGUGCCUGCCCACGUAGCCGAACGCGCGCUGCGGUUCUUUCAGCUGGCCUUGGACGGUGGUACCACCACCGCAUCAGGUUCUCAGCCCAAGAACUUUGUGUUGGGUCGGAAAUCAGACUAUACUGUGGCAUCCUGUCUCUAUGUGGCAUGUCGUAUGGCCAAAACCACACAUAUGCUCAUUGACUUUGCCGAUGUCAUUCAAGUCAAUGUGUUCGUGCUAGGCCGAAGUUAUCUACGUCUGCUACGUGUGCUGAACCUGCAAAUGCCACUAAUUGACCCAUCUUUCUAUAUCAGUCGAUUCGCCGCGCUCCUUGAAUUCGGCGAUGAGACACAACGUGUCGUGACAGACGCGACGCGGUUGGUCACGCGUUUCAAAACAGAUUGGAUGGUCGAAGGACGUCGCCCAGCUGGUAUCUGUGGCGCGUGUCUACUACUAGCCGCACGUAUGAACCAUUUCCGGCGGUCUGUGACGGAAAUUGUACAGGUCGUGAAGAUCGCAGACGUUACGCUGCGGAAGCGGUUGGAAGAAUUCAAAUCGACACCGAGUGGUCAGCUCACCAUCGAGGACUUCCGCAGCGUAUGGCUAGAAGAGGAAAACAAUCCGCCAGCUUUCUCUCGCGCUCGAGCGCCAAAGAAAGAGAAAGAAUCAGCCUCGCAGUUGAAUGAUAUGGAAGCCCCGGUACCUGCAACCACAGAACCACUGCGAGGUGAUAUUGACCAGCUGGCAGACCAAGCGACAGAGCAGGAGAUCAACUCUUUCCUUCGCCAAGCUGAGAUCCAGGCGCUCGAUAAUGAUCUUGCGGAAGAAGAACGGCAACGUGUGGAACGUGCGAAAGCCGGUCACAUUCCGCGCCCGGACGAAGCGGCUAUGCCAGCGACAGAGAGCGUGGAGGCGGACCGAGCGCAAGAGGCGAGUGAAGAGGGGGAGGCGGCAGCUGCGAAGGAAACAAGGACCCAGGAUGAUUUGGACGAUUUGGACGAAGAUGAACUGGACAGCUUUAUAUUGUCCGAAGAAGAAGUCAAAAUCAAAGAACGCGUGUGGAUGGAAUUCAACAAAGAUUAUCUAGAAGCGGCGCUGGCUCGUCAGUUGAAAUUGGAAGCAGAUCAGAAGGCUGGCAUUGCACCAGCUCCACGGAAUCGCAAACGACAAAAGCCGCGCGAUGGAACGACAGCGCCAACGCAAUCCGCCGCGGAAUCCGCCAAGCAAAUGAUGCAGCAGAAGCGCUGGUCGCGACGCAUUAAUUAUGAUGUUCUAAACAGUCUGUUUCCUGGUGCGCAUGGUACUGGUAAGGAGAACUUGGCGCCCAAUACCAAGGUCGCCGCAUCUCAAGCUACGACGACCAAUCCCCGCGACAUGGAGGACGACAGUGAGGAAGAGGAGGACGAGAGCCAAGAUGAGGGCGACGCAGGCGAUGGUCCACUCUCCAAGCGCUCUCGUACAUCCUCUGAUUGGAUGGCACUAGGUGGUCUCACACGACCAGAAGAAGAAGACACCUAUGCGGACGACUAUGACGAUGCUUGGUGA